AGAGCGGUAAUGCCUUUUUACGUCUUUAAGAAUCGACAAAGAUUUUCUACGACAGAGAUAAAGGCUGAUUGGUCAGUGUGCCUGUAUUUGAUUCUCCUGAUCCUUCACCUGACUUCUGUCUCCAGAUCAGAGAUGCUCCAGCUUCUGGGUCCAGCUGGUCCUGUCAUUGCUGUAGUUGGUGAAGAUGUUGUCCUGCCCACUCACCUCAAACCCAACAUAAGUGCAGAGGAUAUGCGCAUAGAGUGGUUCAGAACGCAGAACAGAGACCCACUGGUGCAUCUCUACCUUCUGGGAGAGAGCAGGAAUGAGUCCCAGAACCCAUCGUACAGCGGAAGGACAGCACUCUUCCCUGAGGAACUGAGGAAGGGCAAUACGUCUCUGAGGCUGAGCAGGGUCCAGGUCUCUGAUGAGGGGCAGUACUCAUGUUACAUUCAGUCCAAGUCUGACAAUAAUUACCGCAUCAUGGUGUCACUGGAAGUAAGAGCUGUAGGAACUGAGCCAGUGAUCUUCAGGGAAGCAGAUGAAGAAGGGGAGGUUGGCCUGCUGUGUGAAUCUAAAGGCUGGUAUCCUCAGCCUGACCUCAUCUGGCAGGACAGUGAGGGUCACAAUCUCACCACUGAGAAACCUGAGAUACUCAGGGACAGCCUGGGCCUCAUUGUCAUAAGAACACGUGUCGUCAUAAAGAGAGAAGGCAGCAGCAGAUUCACCUGUCGAGUUCUGCAGCAGAAGCUCAAUGAUGAAAAGGUGACAGAGUUUUACCUCCAUGAGAUGAAGGCUGAUUGGUCAAUGUGCCCGUAUUUGAUUCUCCUGAUCCUCCACCAGACCUCCAGAUCAGAGAUGUUCCAGCUUCUGGGUCCAGCUGGUCCUGUCAUUGCUGUAGUUGGUGAAGAUGUUGUCCUGCCCACUCACCUCAAACCCAACAUAAGUGCAGAGGAUAUGCGCAUAGAGUGGUACAGACCACAGAACAGAGACCCACUGGUGCAUCUCUACCUUCUGGGAGAGAGCAGGAAUGAGCCCCAGAACCCAUCGUACAGUGGAAGGACGGCACUCUUCCCUGAGGAACUGAGGAAGGGCAAUACGUCUCUGAGGCUGGGCAGGGUCCAGGUCUCUGAUGAGGGGCAGUAUUGGUGUUACAUUCUGUCCAAGUCUGACAAUAAUUACCGCAUCAUGGUUUCACUGGAAGUAAGAGCUGUAGGAACUGAGCCAGUGAUCUUCAGGGAAGCAGAUGAAGAAGGGAAGGUUAGACUGCUGUGUGAAUCUAAAGGCUGGUAUCCUCAGCCUGACCUCAUCUGGCAGGACAGUGAGGGUCACAAUCUCACCACUGAGAAACCUGAGAUACUCAGGGACAGCCUGGGCCUCAUUGCCAUAAGAACACGUGUCGUCAUCAAGAGAGAAGGCAGCAGCACAUUCACCUGUCGAGUUCUGCAGCAGAAGCUCCAUGAGGAAAAGGUGACAGUGUUUUACCUCCAUGGGCUCCAGCCGGCCAAUCAGAUCAGGGCUAUGCUCGUAACUGACCAGUCACAGCGCACCAGCAGGAGGGAGAGCUCUAACACCGUCAGGAGCCGCACUGAGCACGGUGCUGGUGACGGUGAGGCCCGUAAGGCCAGAGCAAUCGCCUCAGAGCCUGCCGGUCGCCGGGCAGCUCCCUCCUGA